UGGAGGGGAGGGAACAGCAUGAGGUCACUGUGUAUCACAUAUUACAGCAUGCUCCUUUGCAGAAGGUAAACAUGAAAGGCUGCUUUAAGGGAGCCGCUGGAUGUUAAUGGAGUGUGUGUGUGAGCGAGAAGAGAUACCCCCAGCUCUGAUUUAAUGCUGAGGAGGAGAGAAGGGGGUGUGCACACAACUGAGACAUCAGAGAGGAAAGAGCCGUGUCCCCUUGCUUAUUACCUUGCCUUUGCCUGAAGUUCCCUUCAUCUCUGCAGUGAGCUGCAGGCUGCAAUCUACUUUGCCCAUGUGCCAUUUCUGCAUGUGCAGAUAAGGUGACCCCUCUUAGCCCCAUGGAGGGGCUGUGGGGAUUCUGCCUUCACCCUCCCCUCUCUCUCUCUCUCUCUCUCUCUCUCUCUCUCUCUCUCUUUCCAUGGGAGUGGGGCCAGGAAGGGGGUGAUAGAGGGAAGGCAAUGGGUGUGAGGAACCUGUUCCAGCUGUGGGAUUGAUGGGGUGCAGACUGCAGCAUUGGCUGGGAGCUCCCAGUACCAAGUGAUGCUGACUGUUUCUUCUAGAUCUAGAGCAUCUGACACACCAGCAACCGGGAGGCAUAGCAUGGCAUAGGAUGUCUGCUGAGGGGGAACCUGCUGAGCCAGUGGCAGAGACCCCUGCAAACAGCCCAGGUGAAGAGGCGGCAGCCCCGACUGAUGUGGAUGUGAGAGAAGAGCAACGGCCAGAGAAACAGUCACUGAGUGCUUCUAUGUGCCGGGAAUCCCACUGGAAAUGCCUUCUUCUCUCCAUCCUUAUGUUUGUUUGUCUUGGUGCAGUGACCUGGUGCCAGGUAACAAGUGUGACCAAGCUCAGCUUUGAUAGCUCCCUUAAGGGCAGAUCCAUGAUCUACCAUGGAAGUCCUUGCUCAGAUGGUUAUGUCUACAUCCCACUGGCUUUCCUUGCCAUGCUUUAUGUGGUCUACUUGGUGGAGUGCUGGCACUGUCAUGCCAAGAGUGAGCUCCAGAAUAAGGCAGAUAUAAGCAGUGUUCAUGAUCAGAUCCAACGCAUGCGUCAAGCUACAGCAUGCAUAUGGUGGAAAGCCAUCAGCUACCACUUUGUCAGACGCACAAGACAAGUUACCCGUUACCGUCAUGGUGAUGCCUAUACCACUACUCAAGUCUACCAUGAGCGUGUUAAUACGCAUGUUGCUGAGGCAGAGUUUGAAUACUCUCAUUGUGGCAUAAAAGACAUCUCAAAGGACUUAUUAGACUUGGAGUGCCAUCCUGCCACCAAACUAAAUUUCACAAAGUGUUUCAGCUUUGCCAAUGUGGAGUCAGAGAACUCAUAUCUUACCCAGCGUGCUCAAUUCUUUACUGAAAUAGAAGGACUGGAUGACUACAUGGAGGCAAGGGAAGGAAUGCAAUUAAAAAAUGUGGAUUUCAAAGAAUUAGUAGUUGCUUAUGUGGAUCUAGAAAGGCUGCCGUGGUAUGUGUCUCAUUAUGCUUUCUGGGUAGCUGCACUGCUCAUGUUGUCUUGGCCACUAAGGGUUUUUAUUGAAUAUCGGACAGCUCAUGUUCACUACCAUAUUGAGAAACUAUUGGGAUUGGAAUACAGAGAAUCCUCUACUGGAGAUGAGCCCAUAUACAGAUUCAGAAUGCCUAGAGUGACUACUUUGGACAGCACAGAACUAGAAUGGCAUAUCUGUACCAACCGACAACUGAUCCCAAGUUAUUCGGAGGCAGUCUUGAUGGACCUUACAGAUGCAUCAUUAUGCAAUGGCUACUCUUCUUGUGGUUACCGAGGUGUUCUUCGAGCCUGUGAAGGCUGCAAUAGAGCAUCCAGCAGUUCUUCAAUUUUCUCCCGCCAUGCUAUACACAGUUGUAGUGGAGGCCCAUCUCACCUUUCCCUUAGCACCAGCCGGUUUUCUCUCUGCCAGCUGCAUGGUUCCCACAGGACUGGGCUCUGGAGAAGCCGCAGCAGCAGCCUGACAGACCGUGGGUGCCAAGAUGAACGUUGCUGCUCUUACUCUAGCCAACUUGCCCUCAAUGAAAACCCACCAACAUACCACGAUGCCCGUUUUUUCCCUGUACUUAUAGUACAUCGACAGGAAGGGUGCCAAACCAGGAACUUCUGCCUUCAUCGCUCAUCUUGCAUGGAGACAUCUUUAUGAUAGACUUUUGUAAGGUCCAAGUGGUACAGAAACAAUUGCUCAAAUUGUAAUAGUGCAAUAGGACAAUUUCUUACAAUCCGCUUUUUACACAUAUCACACGUACAGCUAAAGCCCAUUUAGGUCCAUUAUACAGUACAUGAAGUUAUAUAUCUCAAUAUUUUGAGAUGUGGCAAUUUUAUAGCAAUAUACUCCUCUGUGCUACAGUAUAUUACACUGUGGCCAGGAAUGAAAUAGUCCACAAAUGUGUUACCCCUACUGUACAAAUCUGCCCUUCUCCAUCAGAAUGGCAGAUGAUGUUGUAGUUCAAUAACCUAAACAGAGACAAAAAGUGAUUAACUGUGGAAAAAUUAGUUUUCAUUUGUGUUGAUAACCCAUAUGCAAAUGCCAUAUAUCAAAACCAAAUGUACAUACACACUAGAUAUACAGCAAACACACCCAGUCAAAAUGUACACAGACAAGCAUUUGUUAGGACAAACUGUAUAUAAUGGAACUUUCAAUACCACCAAGGUUAAUUUAACCUGGUCUGUAAUAUCUGCUUUUAUAUAGAACGUCCUCUUUCCAGGCAUCUAUGUGCUGAGCAAGGAAAUUGACCCUUGUUUGCUUUUGAUUCAAAAGUUAUAUGUAAAUGGUUCGGCAAGACAAAAAUCUUUGGUAAGAGAGAAACAUACUAUAAUCUGUUCUUAUUAUCUGCCACAUGACUCAGGCACAUUAUCAUAUCCAAUCUUAGCUUAAUUCACGAGUUGUGUUUUCCACAAAAAGUGGAGUUUUCGAGUUAAUUUUUUUGGUCAAAAAUCUAAUUUCCAGGUUAAAAAACGAAAAUUUUAGAUUUUCUUUAGAAUUUUUAGAGAUUU